AUGAGCGAUUUAUCACUGACAUCGGAUAAAAAAAAAACUACCAAGUCCAAGAAGCGUAGCGAGGCCAGCGAUGACACUUCAGAGCUCCAGAGUGCUCAAAAAAAGCAGCAUAUAAAGAGUGAAGACUCCAAGUUGACAACUCUAGCAUCCGUGGCUGCACCUUCACCCACUGAUAGUGCUUCAAAGGGAAACAACAAGCUGACUGCUAGCUCUACAGGCCAUCGGCCCGUGACUUCUUGUACGCAUUGUAGGCAGCACAAAAUCAAAUGCAAUGCCAGCGAUAACUUUCCUGCGCCUUGCUCAAGAUGUGAGAGAAUGGGACUUCAUUGUGAAAUAGAUCCGCAGUUUAGACCAAAAAAAGGAUCACAGCUUCAAAGCUUAAGGAAUGACGUUGAUGAGCUGAAACUUAAAAUCGAGUAUCUGACACAUAACGAAAGUCUGAUAGCUCGAGCGCUUCAGCAGAGCUCGACAGGUCAACAGCUUCUGCAGGCGCUAAAAUCAGUCGAUUUUUCGCGUCGUAUAGCAGGGCCUCAUCAAGGAGCUAUUUCGAAACCACGUACGCUUCAGAGCAAGGUUUCAGUGCAAACGUACCUUGCGAGCGAGCCGCAUCUUCUGCAAGAGCAGACCACUUCCAGAGGUACCCCUAAUUCUUCCACUUCUGGGACAACGGAUGGUUCACACUAUAGCGACAGAUCUGGUCCGCCUUCUAAAUACAACCUGCCGCAACUAUUAAAUGACUCCGUGCCUACAAAUAACACUAAGGAUGCGCUCCCGCCAGUUCUUCAAAUAGCACUAAAACGGAACUCUUCCGUUCACACGACCCCACAUGAUACACCGUCUUCGAAGAAUAGCCCAUUGAUGUCGUCACCUCAUAGCGAAAAUAACAAAGAGAUCAACAAUAAUAAGGCACCCAUCAUUGCUACAACAAACACAAUGCCCCUCUUGCCAUCUCCUCAUGCAAAUAUUGAUGAGUUUGUUAUAGGUGAUGUCCAGAUAUCCAUAUCAAAGGCAAAUGAGUUGCAUGAUAUAUUUGUCAGAAAGUUUUUGCCUUACUUUCCAAUUAUGUGCUCAGAUUCUGCAACUGAGUUGUAUGGACAGUCACAGCUCUUAUUUUGGACGGUGAUGCUUACUGCAUGUUUAUCAGAACCUGAACCUACUUUAUACAACCAACUUGCCUCUCUGAUAAAACAACUAGCUAUUGAAACUUGCUGGAUAAGAACUCCAAGAUCAACUCAUAUUUCACAAGCCUUACUGAUCUUAUGUAAUUGGCCAUUGCCUAAUCAGAAAGUCCUGGAUGAUUGUUCGUAUAGAUUUGUUGGUUUGGCCAAAUCCCUUUCUUUCCAACUCGGUCUACACAGGGGUGAAUUUAUGUCAGAGUUCACUCGUACACAGACAUCCUUGCCGGAUGCAGAAAAGUGGAGAACGAGAACUUGGUUGGGUAUAUUUUUCGCGGAACAAUGCUGGGCAAGCAUUUUAGGUCUUCCUCCUACUUCACAGACCGACUACCUGAUUGAGAAUGCUCGCCUAAGUGAUGACGAAAAUGCUGUACCAAAACGUCUGCGUCAGCUAAUAUGUCUGGCUAAUUUUCAGGCAAAGCUUUGCAAUGUCAUGGGUUCAAGUGUUACGUCUCCUGAUGGCUUAAUGGAUGCCAGGGAAAGAGCUGGUGCAUUGGCAAUACUCGAGCGAGAACUUGAAAGGCUAGAUGUCAAGCUUAAAUUUCAAGAGGAUACCGUAGUGGAGAUGUACUUUCUCUAUGUUAAGUUGACGAUAUGCUGUUACGCAUUUUUGCCUGGUACGCCUACCGAGGAUCAGACAAAAUAUGUUACCGAGGCGUAUCUAUGUGCUACUAGAGUAAUCACCUUACUAACAAAAUUACUAGAACAUCAAAACCUCAUUGAGUUGCCAAUAUACAUCAGACAAAGUGUCACAUAUUCCGCUCUCAUCCUUUUCAAAUUGCAACUGACUCCCCUCUUGUUGGAUAAAUAUCUAGAUUCUGCUCGUCAAUCUAUCGUCACAGUUCACAGAUUGUUCAGGAAUCAACUGACAGCUUGGGCGACUAGUGUUGAGAACGACAUUUCAAGAACUGCGAGUGUGUUAGAAAAAUUGAACUUUGUUUUGAUAACCUGCCCCGAGGUUUUCAUAGAAGAAGAAGGCAUAAUAUCUCGAAUGAGGUCUCACUUAACUGGUACACUAUUUUACGAUCUAGUAUGGUGCGUGCACGAAGCGAGAAGAAGACAAAUGGAUCCGGCCUACAACGAAGAGGCUGUCAAAAAGGCACAGGAGCGUAGGAGUGAGAAAGGGGACGAUCCAAUGUCAACAAGAAAACUUUAUCCCCUUCCAUUCUACAAUCAAAUCUCAAAGGAAGAUUUUGAAACUGUUACCCAAACAACUCCAGGGGGCACCACAGUGACAACUCUAGUGCCUACUAAAAAAGCGUUGAAACAAGCUAAAAAGCUCGCUAAAAGCCAAGGCGACGUGAAGCGUCCUAUCAGCCAUAUUAACGGUAUUCCGUUAUCAGUUCUAGAUGAAACGGGAAGUGUAAAAUUCGACCAAAUGCUGGAGCAAAGUGAAAUGAGUAAUGUUCUGUCUCCCAGACUGGAAGUUCAUACUCCGGGCGAGACUAGUAGUCACACAGCAAAUUCAGCUUCCAAAAUCGAAUCACUCAGUCGUCCUUCUCCAGUCAAUUUAGCUCAAACCAUGCAACGCUCUGUCAGUACCUCUGUUGCAGAAUCAAUGCCUGCUCGUAAGCGCGCAGCCAUGACGUCUUCUUCAAUCAUGACUGGCAACCCAAAUUCUUUAUUUAUCAUGAACAACUCUGUGGCCUCGAACUUAUCUUUGAACAGAGCUCUAUCUUCGGAUAUUCCUGCUGUUACAGCUACUAGUGCCAAUCCUUCUCGCCAAAGCUCUUACUCCAAUUUGAAUAUAUUCUUGACCAAUGACGCUGACGCAAAUGGUACUAACCCACAUCCUCAACAAUUAUCAGAGCUGGAUAAUUUUUUUCAGCAGCAGAGCGCGGGUUGGAUCGAGGGCAAUUCUAGUAACGAUGACUUCUUAGGUUGGUUCGACAUGAACAUGGCUCCAGAGUUUUAA